CAGCAGUAGCAACAAGAGCUGGAAAAAGAGGCGGACAACUGGACCGCACAAUGAUAAUUAGCACACCUCCAGUGUGGGAUUUAGCCACAGAAGACAGUUGUUAGUGAACUUGUAACUAACAGGCCUCAGCCGACUCAAAAAAACUUGUCUUCGGUGUAUUGUGAAGCCGUGAGAGAUCAGAAAAAACCCCAAAGAGCGAGGAUGUUGGUCCCCGCGGGAAGAUAAUGAAGACGCUGCGCGUUUUGUUGGUGUGCCUCAUUGUAGCUCUCCUGUGCUGGUACCCCAGUCAACAUGUGUUUUGUUCAGAGCAGAGCUUGUCUGGUCCAGGUCAGUCUGCCGGAGACAAAAACCCUGACGGCCACAAGCCAGAGCUGGAGCAGGACACUACACAAUUCAAGGUGGUGGAAGAAUGGAUGACACACACAUCCUACGAUAUGGGACUAGAGACAGAGAGAGCAGCAGAAGAGAAGCUAGCAACACACAAUGAACACCAUGAACAGACUGUGAAUUCAUGGGAAGCUGAGGUGGAGGAGACGAAGCCCAACCCAGAGUCUGAUACUGUACAUGUUGCUCCUGAGCCACAACCCUCCCCAGACCUCCAGGUUGAUUUGGACCUGCAGACUGACACCCAGGACCAGGACCAUGACCAGGAAGCCCUGGUUUCCUCCACUCCAGAACCAGUUCCAGCACAGGGCCAAGUGUCCACAGAUGCCCCAGCCCCAGCAGAAGUCCUUAGUGACGCACCUGCUGCACAUCCCAGCCCGGAUUCAAACCCAGCCACAUCCCCAGAUGAAGCUGAAAACACACCUACCUCACAGAGCGCCGGCCCGACCCACACAGGUGCAGUGGGGGUUGCCAGUGCAGGAGAUGAACUCCCAGUAGACAGCUUUAUCUUUGCUGAACACUCUCACUCACAGUGCGGGAUCAUUCCCCCCGAACUGGCAACCUGUGAAAACUCCCCUUUUGGCAGCCCUCUCCUCAGUGUGGAUGAGGCUGGCAUAGAGGACCAGCAGUCAGACCAGAGGCAGAGUUCUGGUCCUGAAGCAGAGGUCAAGUCCACUUCUGUCCAUGUGGACAAGGAACAACAACAGCAGAAGGAGCUGGAUGGUGGGCUGUCUGAUGUAGACACCUCCCACCAGCAAGAAGAGAAGGCAGGGGACGCCAGUACUGCCAGGGAGACUGAUCCCUCAGUGCCCAGCAAAGAGGACAUCCCAACCUUCGAUGAGUGGAAGAAACAAGUCAUGGAGGUGGAGAAGGAGAAAAGUCAGUCUCUCCAUACCUCAACCAACGGCAGCCCCCAUCCGGUGAAGAAGGUCCAGAAAAACUUCAAGAAUAAUUAUGCCUCUGUGGAGUGUGGUGCCAAGAUACUGUCUGCCAACAAUGAGGCCAAGAGCACUUCAGCUAUUCUCAUGGAGAAUAUGGAUCUUUAUAUGCUGAAUCCUUGCAGCAACAAAAUAUGGUUUGUGAUAGAGCUCUGUGAGCCUAUUCAAGUCAAGCAGCUGGACAUUGCUAACUUUGAACUCUUCUCAUCUACACCUAAAGACUUUUUAGUUUCCAUCAGUGACAGAUAUCCUACCAACAAAUGGGUAAAGCUGGGUACGUUCCACGCCCGCGAUGAGCGCAUUGUCCAGAGCUUCCCACUGGACGAGCAGCUUUAUGCUAAAUAUGUGAAGAUGUUCAUCAAGUACAUAAAGGUUGAGCUCCUCUCGCACUUUGGAUCAGAGCACUUCUGUCCCCUCAGUCUCAUCAGGGUGUUUGGUACCAGCAUGGUGGAGGAAUAUGAGGAGAUAGCAGAUUCCCAGUACCCAUCAGAGAGACUGGAGUACUUGGAUGAAGACUAUGACUAUCCUCCCGGCUACCAACCGUCAGAGGACAAGGCCUCUAAAAACCUGCUUGGCUCAGCAACCAAUGCCAUCUUAAACAUGGUCAACAACAUUGCUGCUAAUGUGCUGGGAGGCAAACCAGAGGGCGGAGCAGACGCUGGAGGUAAUACAACAGCAGAGGUCCAGAUUGAGAAGGAGGGGAGCACAGAAGUCACACCUAAAGAAACUCCUCACAGCUCCAAAGUAUCGGAACCUGCAGAGACAGAACAACCUUCGUCCCAGGAAGACUCUAAUAUUUCCAGUGACUCUCCUGCACCCUCCCCCUCAGCACCUGAGCCAGAGGACAGACAGAUUGUCACUCUGGUAGAGGAGGAGGAAGAGGAGGAAGAGCCCAGACAGUCGACUGUCACCCUGAUGGAGGAGGAGGGAGAGGAGGAGGAAGAGAAGAGAGAGGAGGAGACGAGGAGGGAGGCAGACAGGAACCAGUGGGACAGCCAGGCAUACUGUCCUUUCUCCUCCUUCUCUUCUCUGUCUCUAUCCUGCAUGGCCACCCUGCCCGAGCUUCUCCAUCGCUGGUGCUCCGCCAGGCUGGCCAAAGAGAGACUCCGCAGCCUUAGGCGGAGACAGCUGAGCUCGCAAACACAGAGACCCCCUGUUGCAAACACCCCCGCCCUCGCACACACACCUCCACAGAUCCCUGUCCCUGUUCCCACACCUCUACAAGAAGCCCUCCCCCUCACAGAAAAAGCUCCAGAUCCUGAGGUGCCUCCUAAGGGCCAAAAUGAGGGCAAACCUGCGGCUGAGGCGCACACCACACACACACAUCUCACAGCUGAGGCACACACUCCAGAGCUCAACAUCCUACUAGAGCCUAGUAGAACUUCCACAAUCCCCCCUCACAGUUUCUCAGACUCCCACAGUUCCCUAACACGCCCUACCCCCACCCAUGAGGAGAAGCUGCUACCUCCUAUUAAAGAUGCAGCCCUGGACCCUGUCCUCACCGCACCCCUUCAAGCCAUCUCUGUCCCAGAGACACAGCAGGCCAGUAGUGCCACACCCACCCUUACUGUCAGCGCUCCCUCACAGUCUCUAGCCUAUGAGACAGCCUCUCCGGGUGUUGUGCUUCCCCCUGUCAAGGAGCAGCCUGUUCAGCCUCUUCCCACUGUGUCGAGACCUGAAGACCUUAUCCCCCCUCCCACCGAGCUGCCAGCAGCUCUCCCUCUGGCUGACGCUCACACAGACACAGUUAAAUCAGGCGCAGACAGCGGGGACUCACAGAGACACACUGUCCUGCCUUCUCAGACUCAUGGGGAGCAGGGGGACUCACUCACUCAGACUGGAGAGCCCCAUCGCAUGGAGGACACGGUGUACGAAGACCUGUUAAGCACUAAUGGGAAUGGGCACAUCCACCGAACAGCUACAGACUUCUAUGCAGAGCUGCAGAACGGGGGAGAUUAUAAUGGUGGGGCGAUGAAUGGGAACAGCGUGUUAUUGAAUGGUGGAGCAGUGCACGGCUCCAGCCAGAAGGAGAGUGUGUUCAUGAGGCUGAACAACAGGAUCAAAGCUCUGGAGAUGAACAUGAGCCUGUCCAGCAGAUACCUGGAGGAGCUCAGCCAGAGGUACCGUAAACAGAUGGAGGAGAUGCAGAGAGCGUUCAAUAAGACCAUCAUCAAACUGCAGAACACCUCCCGCAUCGCUGAGGAGCAGGACCAGAAGCAGACCGACUCCAUCCAGGUUCUGCAGAGCCAGCUGGAGAACGUCACUAAACUGAUGCUCAAUCUCACUGCUACAGUGAGCCAGCUGCAGAGAGAGGUAUCUGACCGUCAGAGCUACCUGGUGGUCUCGCUGGUUCUGUGUCUCUCUCUUGGCCUCAUGCUGUGUCUGCAGUGCUGCCGCAGUUCCUCUCCCAACCCCACCACCACCUCCACUGCCCUUCCCAAGAGCCACCACUACCCCAGCCCCAAGAGAUGUUUCUCCUCCUAUGAUGAUAUGAGCCUAAAGCGCAGGGUGACCUGUCCGCUUGUUCGCUCCAAGUCGUUCCACCUGUCCUCUACAGAAGUAGGUCCAGAUGACUUGUACAUUGUAGAACCUCUAAGGUUUUCUCCAGAGAAAAAGAAAAAGCGCUGCAAAACAAAAUCAUUGGACAAGGUUGAGACAGUGAAGCCAUCUGAUCCCUCUGCUCCGCUGGCCAACGGGGGAACCAAGUGCAAUGGCUUCCACCCAUGCCUCCCUGCCCUACCCUCACUCCCUCCUCCUCCUCCCCCUCCUCCUCCACCCCCUCCUCCUCCUACACCACCCCCGCUACCUCUCCCUCCAUCUGUAAAGGAGGUGCCAUCGUUGCCCACGUGCACCUCCAAGGAGCUUCCCUCAGAGACCAGCAGCUGCAGCUCAUCCACCCACUCUGAGGAGUCCUACACAAGCCGCCUCCCCCCUCCCUCGCCCACCCCCCCCUCCGCCGGCCUGUGCAACGGCCACGCCCUGGCGUUCCCCCUCCAGCAGCCUCCCGUCAAGUCCCGUCAGGAGAAGCGCUCUGUGAAGCGCCGUAAGUCACGGCAGACGGAGCUGCAGUUCCCCCACAUGCCAGGAGGGAGCGUCGCUUCUCUGCCCAGCCUGCAGCAGCUUAUGAAGGGAAACAAGGAGAUAAGUGUCGGGACCAUAGGGGUGACAGCCGUCACCGGACAUGUCUGAGUUCUCACACACAUCAGUGUGUUCACUCUUUAAGAAGUUCACUUCUACACGACUUUCUUUACACAACCACACACACACACUAUAUGGUAGCAGACCCUAUUUGCGUAGUGAGGAGAUGAGGUUACUGCAUCCCAAAGAACCACAUUUCCCAUGAGCACCCAGGCGCACCGUGGAACUGAAGUAGCUAUGGCAGCAGUAGCUCAGUCCUUAUCCACUCCUGUCAAAGACCUGUUUACGGUUAUGUGCCUUUAUAUCUGUUCUAGACCUUUUAAUGCUAAAAACAAACAUGAAAUUGAAAAGAAUUGUUGAUGUUGUUGUGUGUGGACAGAGAGAGGCACUGUGGUGGGGAGUGAAACAUUAAUACAAAUCAAAUCCAUGUUUUUUCUACUGGAUAAGCACAUUGUCCCAUGACAGUUGAGCACCAGUAAGCUUUUGUUCCCCCACUCUGAGCACAGUGAGGAGAGGUGCCGGCCUCAAAUCUACGUUCCUUCACCUUCAAGGGCAUCAAGAAGUAUUAGGCUGCUCUUUUGGAUGAAAUGUGUCAUAAUGAGAGAAUUGUGGAGCAUGACAAACUACUUCUCAUCUCUUUUAUUUCUGUCUUCCAUUGCCAUCAAUUUGAUCCAUUCUGUCUGGUAUUGCAUCCUAAUAUGACUGCUGGGACCAGAGCGUUUCACGUACACACCAUGUACACUUUCUCAAUUUCUCUCCCUCUGUCUCAGUCAGUGUACUCCAAACCAAUCGUCAGAGCUGAAUGAAGAAAAUCUUGUUUGCAUGAAGUGAAACUGUCUGAAUGUGUUAGUCCUUUCAGUUUAGAGUCCCACUAAACCUCCUGUUAUAAAUACAACAGCAGCAGCCUUGAGAUCCUAUUAAGUCAGCUGUUGCUCAGCUUGGGCUGGGCCCAAAAACGCAUGUACAUACACACACACACCACGUGAAGAGAAAUUGUGCUGUUUAUUGUAGAUAUUGUAACAAUGAAAUAUAACACAGAUUUUAACAGGAUAGAGGCAAGCCAUAGAUUUUGAGUAUGUUGAGAGUAUCAUGUAGGAGCACAAAAGAUAGCAAAGCUGAAUGUUUACACUCAUCACACACUCACACUCACUCACACACCUUACUGGGACCCUGCAGGAGAGUCUGAAAGACCAGUUUUAUUUAUCUAUUUAUUUAUUUAAAUGUCUAAAGAAUUUUCUAACCUAGGCACUGGCUUCCCAGUCUCUUAACCCGGCAGUGUCACAGUAGUGUAUUUAUGUUACAUAGAAGUAUUGCAGUAAAUACACUCAAGGGUACUGACAUAUGUCACAUUUGUUUAUGUAUAGCUUAUAAUAUAUCUAAUAUAAGUAUGGCAUUUCCUACAGCAGCAUAUACUGUACAUCCAUCAAGAUAACUGAGUAUUGAUACAGAUUUAUUAGGAUCUUCACACUGCUGCUGUUGUAUAUGUUCAGAGCUGCUGGGUGUUUGGAAGAAGUGAAAGUUAGUGUUUUAUUGUCCUCUCUUCUGUCUUCCGUGUGCUUGUUUCAGCAUUUUCAUUUUUGUGGCUAACUGACUGAUUUUAAGUCACCCUGUUAAUGAGUUCAUGACUGAAAUCCAGUUUAAUAUUAAAAUGCUGUCAGGACUAUCAGAUGUGAAAAAAGGGUUAUUCUUUGUUUUUAGAUAAUAAAAUCCAACAUUUGUUUUUCUUAGUGUCUGUAAUUUCUGACUGGCUCUGUGUGGUUGGACUUGGAUACAUUUUUACAGAGACGGAGAAAUCUCUUCUAACUCUUCUCUCUCGUUCUUUCGUGACCUCUUCUGACCAGCUUCUUCAGCCUCUCUUCUUUACAUCUUCCUCAUCCACUAGAGGGGGGUCACCUCCGACCCUCCACCAUUGCACGACUUUCUCUGUGACUGUGAAGAACAAUUUUUUUAAUAUGCCUGCUUUUAUUAACCACUCUACGUUCUCACCCAGAGCUCGAAAUGCUCCGUCAGUCUCUACACGCCUGCUUUACUGACCUUUUCCGUGCAUCCUCACUCUCAUUGUGCGCCCACUCGGUCUUUUAUUCACUUGUCAUUGCUCUUUGAAUGUGUGCGUUCACCCCCACGCUGAAUGAUAGUCGUGGUUUGUGAGGAGAGGGACGUGAAUUGUUGUUGAAUAAAGGGAACGCAGCAAAGAUGGGUAUGGUUUGGAACACUAUUCAUGUGAUUCUUUAUGUUCCACAAGCUGAGCAAAUCAUGAGGUUUUUGUUUUACCCUAUUUUGAAUGUGUAUGAUGUUAUGUGUGUGUGUAUGCGCGUGCGUGUGUGUUAACCUGUAUUCAUGUGAGGAUUUAUUGUGUUGAUCUCAUGUAUGUGUAUGUCUGUGUUAUGAGAAAGAUUACUCUGACUCUACUUAUCCCGUAACACAGCGACUAGGGAGAACGCCCUCGGAGAGAAAUUCUAGGAGCUUGGUGUGCACUUUGUAUGACUCCUCAUGCCUUUUUUUGUUUUUUUACCUUCUAUGUCAAGUGCUAUCUUUAUUUUAUUUUUUCUCUCCCUGUCUUUCUCUCUGUGAAUAUUCUGAAGAGCUGCACAGUAUUUUUGAGCAGGAGUGAGUUACUACAAAAACUGUAGUGCCAUUAGAAACUGUGAAUUUCUAAAUAAAACCUUUUUUGUCGUCUUUCA